AUGCAGCAAAGCAAUGAAUGCAGAUUCAGUGAUCCAGCUGAAUGGGAAGUAAAUGCAGAUCUUAUAGGCUAUUAUGCAGAAAAUGUCCCGUCACAGAAUUUAAAAAGUGAUUUUCUUUUAAUGGGUAGACAAUUUGGAGACAAGAUAAGAUAUGCACAAAAAGAAUAUUUCCUUAGAAAAUUGUCAAAUGGAGAAGUUGUCAAGAGAGAUUGGCUCAUUUAUUCUCCUUCAACAGCUGAAUUUGAUCCAUUCCUAAUGGAACGCAUUCGAAAAUAUGGAAACCCGGGAAAGGGAAAGGUAUCAUAUAUGUCUUCAACUAUAUGUGAUGAGUUCAUUAAUAUAUUAGGCUCUAAAGUAUUGACACUGAAGUAUUGA